AUGAACUGGGUUCUUUCUCUAUGUUGUGGCACGACAAGAAAGAAAUAUGUUAUUACGUUGUUAGGUCUCCAGGAGGACCAAAGACAUGUCCUGAAGCACUCGAUUUCCAGCUACAACAUGGAUAAACCCCUUAGGCCUUUUUCUGAAGACAUUUGUAUUGCAAAUGGAAUGGAGUUGAUUCUCCAAUCGCUAGACGACAAUGCAGACCUGUAUGAGAUAAGGGGGAUCCACAUGGGCCUUGCUGCAGGAGUGAUCUUUGCUGUGGAUGCAGAUAACAAAAGUUCUGUCGAAAAGUGUAUUGCACUCAUCAACGAAGACACAACAAAGACAAAGGAUAUCAUUGUCGUUCUGUGCAGAUCCAAUAUCUAUGGAAAUGAGUCUGUGCAAGAACUCAAGAGGACCUGUGAUGAGAUAGGGCAUGGGAAAAUCGAGUUUAUUCUUUACGAGGAGUCAAGAUCAUUUCUAGGUGUCCAUAAGGGAAUAAAUUGGAUAUGCAACCGGCUGGAGGAGUGA